AUGGACGAGCCAGAAAACCCCCGGCUUCCCUCCUCCUCCCCGGCCCUGGAAGAUCUCUUUGACAGGUUCUUCGACUGGCCUGCCUUCUCCGCUGGCCCCCAGCCGCUCGUCAAGGCUGCCUCCAGCCAGUAUCCCGGCUCCCCCCCGGCCGCCCCGGAGGACCUGUCUGCCCUCGUCACCGGCUUUUCCGCUUCUCUCCUGGACCACCACCUCUCCCUCGACGACCUCGGCACGGGCCUCAUCAGGAUGAGGACCUUUGACGAGGCCGCCGCCGGCUCCGACUACUCGGGCCAGACCACUCCGGAGCUCAUCCAGGGAGGGAGCACCUCGCCCUCGGACCACUCCGGCUCCUUGCUCCCGGACCAGCCCGAGGACUCCCAUCACCGCCCCCACGUCACUCUCCGCGAGGCCCAGGCCCACGACGACGAAUGGACCUACCCGCAGACGGAGCCGGCGACCAAGGCUGCCCCCCGCCGGUACCCGCCGCACAUCCAUGUCCAGGGAGACCAGCCCGGGAGCCUGGCAGGCGCCCAAGCGGCGGCUGGCCAGAAGCGCCGCCGAUCUGGCAGCGACGCGGAGAAGAGGCAGCGGCAGCUGGUCGACCCGGUCCAGACGGCGGACGUCCGCAAGAGUGGAGCAUGCCUGCCGUGCCGAGUGACCAAGACUCGUUGCCAUGAGAGCGGUGUGUGUCCUAGUUGCAGGAAGGCGUUUCCAAACCACUCUCACCUGGUCUGUACUCGUAUCACCCCUGCCAUGGCGUGGCCGAUUGCAACCCACGGUCCAGAUGUGUGGUCGAGGAACGCCAGACAAGAGGAGAAACUGUGCUCUUGCCCUCGAAAACACAUUGGCAAGCCCAAGGAGAUCGCCAUCUUUCUGACCAAGGACACAACCUCGCCGGCCUUGCUGGCCACGGUGCAGCCGUACACAUCCAAUGACGACCGGGACGAGACUGUCAACCCGAGCAAGGCCGACUUCCCCCGCGACCACGUCCCGAGCUAUGAGACGCUGCAGAGCUGGGUCGAGGGCCAGAUCAGGAGAGAGCAGAAACCCGACUUUGCCCAGACGCUGCAGAGGUUCCUGCUCGCCUAUUCCGAGGGCGGCCGCAGUCUCCCCAAACACGAUCUUGUCGAAAACGUUCAUAAAAUGAGCUGCUUCUUCAGGAUUUGGAGAAUGUCGUCCUUUUGGUGUCGAGAUCCCACCAACAGGAUCGCGAAUCUGCCCCUGUCCGUGCAAGCGCGGUUGAGGAACAUUGCCCGGGAGGCUCUCAAAUCGCUCGAGUACAGAGUGCUCAAGAGCCUCGAUGACUGCCUUGGCCAGCACGCCCAGCCACAGCCUGCGGAGAAGAUGGCCGUCUGGGCUUGUCUGUGGCAGCUCAUCCUCAUGUAUCGUGACCUCUUGACUGCGUGCAAGGCCAAGAUUACUCGCCUAACCAGGGAGGGGGGCGAAGAUGCUCACGACGUCAAUCCGUACAUGGACUAUUAUAGACAACUUGCCGACACUUACUUUCCGCUCGUGGCCAUCUUCUAUCAUUACCAGUUUCGCACCAAGAAAAGCCUGGACCUAUCCCUUGACUGGCUCGAGGCUGGCCUGGCCGCUGGGCAGGCCCUCAAGAAGAGGGCCGAGAUUCGUCGUCUCGGUCAGCAGCUGUUGGAUGCCAGAAAGGACAUGUACCAAGCCCUCCAAUCCUCCAAGGAUGAUGGCGACUGCCUUUUGCGCGUGCUCGUGGUAGAUCACGAGUUGAAAAAGCUGACCGCUCGGAGGCGGGCGCCAAAGGACGUGGCAAAAGCCAAGGGGUCCAGGAAUCACGCCGCGGAAAAUUGA